AUGGCGUCACUAGCUACACCACGACCGGUGACUCCAUCUUCAGCACCCUCAAGUGAUGCCUUGACACCGGAUAGCAAUGCGUCGCCUGCGACUUCAGCGACGGAAGUUGAGGAACGCGCGAUAUACACAAUCGAUGACCUUUUGCGGGCUCGCGCAGAGGGUGAUAAGGCUGAUGAGCCUAUUGUGGCAUAUCCACUAAAGGGGACGGACUAUGCAUACUAUACACCGCGCGAGCUGCACCACCUAGUCGAGGCCGCAGCGGUCCAAUACGCACGUGUGAUUCCGCAACGGCGGACAUCUAAUGAUCCUGUGCAAGUUGUUGGCUUACUCGGUCCUUCGGACUUUGAGUACCUGAUCGCAUUACUUGCUGUUUCUCGACUCGGACAUACGGUUCUUCUACUAUCGACAAGAAUUGCCGAGGACGCUUAUGUCAGUUUGGUUGAAAACACCAAAGCUUCGUUCCUCAUCGCGUAUCCUGGGUUUCAAGCCAUCGCAAAAAAUGUAGCCCAGCGAACAGGAAUUGUCCUGCAGCCGGUGCUUGCGCCAGGUGACUAUACCGACGCUACGACGGAACUCCCGGGCGCUCAACUGGAUGGCCCAGUUGAGAAUAAACAUAUUACAUGGAUUAUUCAUUCCAGCGGAUCGACUGGCCAUCCAAAACCUAUUUUCCAAACCCAUUCGGGGGCCUUGAAAAAUUAUGCCAAUAAUUUUGGUCUUCGAGGUUUUAUUACGCUGCCUCUUUACCAUGCACAUGGGAUCAGUUGCCUCUUCCGAGCCAUACACUCCCAGAAACUGAUAUACAUGUAUAAUGCGGACCUUCCGUUGACGGGCCCGUAUCUGCUUACGACACUUCAGGAGCAUCUGGAGAUCGAAGUUCUCUAUGCUGUUCCUUAUGGUCUGAAACUGCUUUCUGAGUCUGAAGAAAGUAUGAAGGUACUUGCACGGUUAGAACUGGUGAUGUUCGGUGGCUCAUCCUGUCCAAAACCAAUUGGUGAUAAGCUUGCUCAGAAUGGAGUCCGGCUUGUUUCUCACUACGGUACUACAGAAACGGGCCAGCUCAUGACUUCGUUUCGCGAGCGCUCGGAUAUUGACUGGGAUUAUGUUCGACCAGGGCCGACGUUGCUACCCUAUAUUCGAUGGGAGGAGCAGAUGCCUGGAAUCUAUGAACUCUGCGUUCUUGAAGGUUGGCCGUCAAAGGUGGCGAGUAACCGGCCAGAUGGAGCAUAUGCUACUAAGGAUUUAUUUGAGAAACAUCCAACAAAGGAGAACGCAUGGCGAUAUUAUGCUCGCUUCGAUGAUACGCUUGUGCUGGAGAACGGUGAGAAAGCAAACCCAUUGGUGAUUGAGGGGGUUGCCCGCAAUCAUUCAAAUGUAGGAGAAGCCGUUGCCUUUGGUUCAAACAGGUCCAGGCUUGGGUUACUUUUGAUUCGCGCCGAACGGUGCGUUGGUGAAACGGAUGAUCAAAUAGUCGACUCCGUACUCCCGGCAAUUGAAAAAUGCAACGCAGAGAGCCCUGCCUACGCAUAUAUUUCACGAGAUAUGAUCCGCGUUUUGCCUUCGGAUACAGUUUACCGAAAGACGGAUAAGGGCACUGUCAUUCGCUCUGCUUUCUACCGUGAUUUCGCGGAGCAGAUUAACCAGGUUUAUGACCAGGAGGACGCGAGUGGAAAUCAAGUAUUGGAAGGUGAUGAGUUAACUACUUUCCUCCGAAACAGCCUUCUCGACGUUGCCUCAAUUGAGCGUUCUGCAUUACAGGAUUCAACGGAUGUGUUUAGCUUAGGCGUGGACAGCCUACAGUCUCUCCGUCUGCGAAGUAUUAUCUUGAAGACACUGAGCCUUGGUGGCCAGAAGCUUUCCCAGAACUUCGUUUUCGAAAACCCAUCGAUUCAGGCCAUGGCCGGUGAGCUCACUCGGUCAAGACUGGGCAGCGGUCCUCAGCUGCAAACACCGGUCGAGGACCUGAUGACCGAACUUAUCGAAAGAUACAGUCGUGAUUUCAAGGAGCAUGUUCCAGUUCCAAGGAGCGACGACGGUGAAUAUGUCGUUGUGACUGGCGCCACCGGCUCUCUGGGUGCACAUAUUGUUGCCCAGUUAGUUCAAUCAGAGCAUGUCCGCAAAGUAUACUGUCUCGUUCGCGCUCAGUCGCCUUUAUCAGCAUUCCAUCGAGUACGAGAAAGCCUACAUGCCAGGUUUCUACUGUCUGACCUCAACCCCGAUGCAGAACGCAAAAUCGUUGCAUUGCCCGCAGACCUUUCGAACAAGGUCCGUCUAGGGCUAGACGAGGCAGUGCACCAGGAUAUUAUUAGCUCCGUCACCGCAGUGAUGCAUUGUGCUUGGUCUGUCAACUUCAACUGGGCUCUAGAGAGCUUUGAACAGAGCUGUAUCGCAGCUACUCGUAACCUGCUAGAUCUCUGCCUGGAAACACGAGGCCCUCACCCAGCGAAGUUCUCGUUCUGUUCAUCUGUCAGUACAGUUGCUCGCACACCUGGAAACUGGGUUCCAGAAGCUCUCCCAGAGUCUCUUAAAUAUGCGCAGUCCAUGGGGUAUGCUCAAUCAAAACUGGUAACUGAGCACAUAGUAAAUCGGGCAUGUCGCGAAACCGCACUUUCAUCGCGGGUCCUACGUGUUGGUCAAAUUAUAGCUGAUACCAAGCAUGGCAUCUGGAACGCCACUGAGGCUAUCCCUAUGAUUUUUCAAACGGCCGAAACUAUCAACGCCCUUCCUCUCCUGGACGAUGUCCUUUCAUGGACGCCCGUCGACACUAUCGCAUCCAGCGUCAUCGAGGCAACACUUUCCUCAAAAGCGGCAGAGGUCAUGAAUGUCACGAACCCAAACCUCAACCACUGGACUCAAGACCUUCUACCUCUUCUAAAGCAAGCCGGUCUAACCUUCGAUGCUCUCCCUAAACGCGAAUGGCUUGCCCGUCUCCGCGCCUCAACUCCUGAUCCAACAAUUAACCCACCAAUCAAGCUCCUCAACUUCUUCGAAAACAAAUAUGAUAAUGACUCACCAGCACGGAUCCUUUUAUACGACACGAAGAAAUGUCAGUCCGCUGCCCCAUCUCUUCGCAAUGCGGCAGGCCUGAACCAGGACGUUGUAAUUCGGUUUAUACAGUAUUUCCGCCGAAAAACUUGGUCUUCUCCUUGUUUGAGGCAGUCUUCAUCUCACAAUGUGAUGUUCCUAACUGGUCCUUGUGGCUCCGGCAAAUCUACCGCUGCUCUUUCACUUGCGACAAAGUUUAACGCCCCUACAAUAGAAGGGGAUGAUCUGCACUCCCGUGUCUCCCGUGCGAAGAUGGCGUCGGGAACCCCCCUAUCGGAUCUUGAUAGAUGGGAAUGGUUAUCUCACAUUCGUGGAGCUGUUAUGGACCGUUUAUUCCAGCCGUCCGGGUUGGCAGGAGUGGUAGUUACGUGUUCCGCGCUGAAGAGGGCCUACCGUGACGAGCUACGAAAGCUAGCGUACCUACUCGAGAAUCCUGUGAACGUCACAUUCAUCCAUUUAUCUGUUGGGGAGGAACGCAAAGCAGAGCUUAAGGAGCGAUUGGUCCUGAGAUCGAAAAAGGAGGGGCACUACAUGGAGUCAACUAUGGUCGAUUCGCAGCUAGAGGCAUUAGAGAACCCGGAGGUCGACGAAAGGGAUGUGGUUGUUGUUGAUGCGGCCGGCGAGAAGGAAUCGGUGUUGGGAGAAGUGGAAGCAGUUGCAAGGGGUGUUUUAGUAUAA